UUCAUCAACACACUAGACUCUGCAACUGUAAAGAAACUGUGCAUCAGAAGCCUGAGAAGGGGUAUCAGAAGUAUGGACUACAUAGACUCCCUGCUCAUUAUGGAGGAUGACUUGGAUAAUGCUAAUGAUGAUGACUUGGAUGACAAUGAUGCAGAGGUUUAUAGUCCCGCAGCAGAAGCUAGUGUUGCAAUUCAGCCAACCCCACCCAUCCCUCAACAAAGGGAAGGACCAGUUCCCGCGUGGUGUGUAUGUGGAAACUGCCAUAACAUGCCCUUAGAGGUGGAGAAAGUGUGCUGCAGGAAAAAAAAUUGUGAUGCCAAAAAACCAGGAAUCAAAAAACUGUGUUUGGACCCUGAUUAUUUGGAACUGUCAAUAAAAAGCAGUGCUGAUAUAAGGAAUGACAGGCAAAACAAUAGUACCAGAACCUUUAAAAAGGCUGCUUAUCGCCAUUAUAUUUUAGAUAAGCAUGGUUAUUUAGGCAAGGGAAGGAGGAAAGUAGCAGCCUCAUGUGUUGUGUGGGAAAUCCGUGAACAUUAUCCAUCUUCAUCAGGCAUCUACAUGGGGUUCAAAGAGCGAUGAAAACUUUUUAUGUACAUAUGUUAUCAUGAGAAACUCAAUAAAAAUCGAGUAUGUGCUAAACCAGCUUCAUGUAUAUCAUACCAAUAUUAUGUACUUGAAAUAUGAAUCCCUGGUAUGGCUUUUAUAUAGAAAUCAGUCACUUGAUCUACAAUGCAAUUACUUGAACCAAAAGGAGAAAUCACUCAUUUACCAAUCAUUGACCAAGCUCUCCAGUAGAGCUUGCUUGCAGGUUAAUAAUAAUCAUUGGGGCUCCUAAUUGGCUAAACUACAGAUUACAGGGCCACUUACAUGUGUUUACAUCUCACUGAAUAACAAAAGAACCUAUUGUGUUGUUCCUCGUUCUUCAAAGACUGCCGACUAGGUGGACCUCAGUGGCCCUGUAUUCUGUAGUUCCUUAUUGUACUAUCACAAUCUGAAAUAAUAUCACAUAUUUCACCAAGGGCAAUCCUUGACAGGUGACAGAAGUUACAUCUCUUGGGACAAAUUUACAAAAUAGAUCUUGAAGUGUUGAACUUGAACUGUUCAUGGUUCAAGUGUUUCCAAAAAAUUGAACAGUGUUUCAGAUGAAAUGUCAGUUUUCACGCACCUCAAAAACCCUAUUAUAAACUGUUAUGGUGGCACAGCUCUGUAGUAUAUCUUGUUCAAAUCUGUAUCAAGUCAUUCCUGUUUUUGAAACCUUGUUUUAUGUCUUUCAAACAACUCCUUUGAGGAGAUAGGAGCAGUGUGCGCAAUUGUUGGCGCAAUUCUUUGUGGAUCAUCUUCAGACAGAGACAUGUGUCUGUCUAUCCUCAAGACAUCUUCUAUCCGGCGACGA